GUGAUGCUGAGAGUCUACUGGAGAUGAUUAGAAAGUGCUGAUUUUUCUGAUUGUGGUGGUUGACAGCUUGAGGUUAGCAGUGAUGGUUCUGAUUAUCCUUUCUUUUAACUCCAACUCUCCCUCUCUGACAUCAUAUGCUUUCAUAAGCUCUCAAAACUCAAGCUAUAUUCAAAAUCUAUAUACAAAUGCGAUAUUUAAUCAUUUCCAAUACACGGAAACUGAUAGCUGAGAAUGUAUCAUUGUCUAUAUGCAAGUGUGUAUUUAUGAGGGAUGGAAGCAGUUGACGCUUGUUGUGUUAACUUAUCCAGGCUACUGUGUCUUGUGAUCAGUGACUCGUAUUAAUAAGCACAUCAGACAGACACGCUGUUGUAUAUCCCCAGUUCAGCUCAAAUUCAAUCUGCUCUUUCGCAAGUUUAGAAGUGACAGCACUUUCCUCCAAUAAGAUCGCUACCGCCGCAGGGUAUGGGCGGAAUACAGUGGAUGUCAACAGACCGGCUCUGGUUUCGAAAAACUCUUUCUUUGUCAGCUUUUGUAUUUCAGGCAGUUCCGCUCGCUGUCGUUGACGCGCGGAAAUGGGUUCACUGGGGCGCCUCCUCACUCUUCGGUUCGGUGGUAUCAACGGCGUUCGGACCAUUCAUCCGCUAUAUUUCGGGAGGAUAAGGACACCCAUUAUUGUCUCCAGGGUGUUAUGCAGCUCCCUGCCUCCUCCUCCAGUGAUAAAGGUUCAGUACAGUCAUGGCCGCCCUGUCCUGCAGCUGCUGCUGCCGUCUCGCGGUGAGGCGUGCCGCUUCCCUCUCAGGCCCAUGACGAUGACCGUGGCUCACUUCCUGUCCGACAUCCAGAAAGAGGACCCUGGGGUGACCACAGCUGCCAUACUCACCACAGAUGGAGAGAAGAUGUCCACCAAUACUCUGCUGGACUCAGUUCUGAGUAAAAACUUCCAGCUAGUAAUCAAUGACACGACCUACAGCGUUAUCUCAGCUUCCAAUGUUGAUAUGUGUCAUGAGCACCUGACUGGGCUGGAGGAUGUGAAGAUGGUGGUGCACAUGCUCUACUCGGCCCUCCAUCUGCCGGAGCACCAGCGCCUCACAGAGAGACAACUCUUGGAGAGACUGGAUGGCCUUAAACAGCAGCUGCAGCCCCUGGAGAAGGAUCGGGCUGGUAUGGAGGCCCGUGCGGAGGUCGAGUCCAUGCGUUAUGUGUGGGGGGGCCUGGCCUUCAUGUCGCUGCAGGCUGGCUUCCUGGGAUACCUCACCUGGAACGUGUUCUCCUGGGACGUCAUGGAGCCCGUCACAUUCUUCAUCACCUACACCUGGAGCAUGGGCCUUAUGGCAUACUUCAUACUCACUCAGCAGGGAUACAGCUCUGCACAGACCCCUGUCUCAGUAGCCGGUCAGGAGUUCAUGUAUGCCGAUGCCAAAGCUCGCCACUUCCUGACCAGCCUCCACCAAGUUGCAGCAAAAGAAGGAUUUAACAUCACACAGUACAACGAGCUCAAGGAGGAGGUUGCCAAGGUGGAGAGUGACUUGCGUCGCCUGAGGAAUCCCAUCAAGCUGCAGUUACCAGUGGAGCAAGUCCAGCGCUGAGACUGACGGGCAGGGUCUUACAGGACAGUACUGCGACCUGUGGAGUUGAGCUGCCCAUUCAGAUGGCAAACGGCUCUAUCUAGACGUGAAACCCAAACUCAGGAACUAAACGUCAUAUCCCAUGAGACACUGCCUGAGAUGGCUUUAGAUGCUUUAGAGCCUGAGUACUACUCUGGGCUUGUAUUGUUUAUGUACUGGAACAAUUUGUACUACAUGCUUUGAUUUGUAUGCUGUCUAUUACUGAAAAAACGUUAUGCUAAUACUAAAUACUAAUAAUUAUGUGGAAAUAAAAAGGUAUUUUCUUGCUUA